AUGGCUGCUUCGAUCCCCGAUGUUCUUCAAGUGCAACGUCUUUCAUCCGAUGCCACGAUCCCGACAAGGGGUAGCAAAUUUGCAGCUGGAUAUGACCUCUACGCAUCCAAAGAUACGGUGAUUCUGAAAGGAGGUCGAGCAGUUGUGCCAACAGAUAUCACGAUCGCCGUGCCACCUUCCACAUACGGACGAGUAGCGCCGCGUUCUGGGCUAGCAGUCAAACAUGGCAUCAACACGGGCGCAGGCGUGAUUGAUGAGGACUACCGGGGACCUGUUGGAGUUGUCUUGUUCAAUCAUGGCGAACAAGAUUUCCAAGUCAAGAAGGGUGAUCGAAUAGCUCAAUUGGUGAUCGAAAGAAUUGUUACCCCCGAGGUGCGGGAAGUCCAAUCGAUGACUGAGACCGAGCGUGGAGCUGGCGGUUUCGGUAGCACUGGUGGCUUCGGGACUGGUAAUCAAGUUUGA